AUGGUCAUUUUUAAAAGAUAUGGAAUCGCAUACUUACCUAAUACACACCUGGGAGACAUCAAAUCUUUGGUUUCAUUCAGUUUCUUUAAAUUUGGGGCAAACAUGGGAAAACCAAAGAAUAAAAAGAAAAAGAAAAAGAAUGAAGAUUUUAAAAAGAAACGUGUAAAAGUUGGAAAGCGUCUACCAAAAGCUGACAAUUACACUGACACAAGUUUCAAAACCCAGACCAUUCAAGUUCUUCAACACAUUCGUACAAAAGACUCUGCAUUACCCACCACCAAACGCAACCUCAGUAUAAAGGAUUUGUUGAGUCAAUGUCAGCACUAUAAUGCUUCGAUACGACAAGAUGGAGUAAAUGGCUUACGAGAAUUGUUGAAGGAACACCCGGAUUUAUUGACAGACAAUUUGUCCCAGGUUCUACGAAGAACUGCUGAACUGUUCACAGACAAGGAAAGUACAGUACGUCAAGCCAACCACCGGCUUCUGCGUGCUAUCCUGCCCCUGGUGAAUGAUCAGGCACUCAAUGCGUUUUUCCCUCAGGUGAGUGCACACCUUUGUUGUGCCAUGACUCACAUUGAUGAGGACCGCCAGCAGCAUUCUCUUGGCAUUCUUGAUUUGUUUCUUGAACAUUUCCCAAAGCAGGUCAUUCGGAAUUCUGGUCAGUUGUUACCAAACUUCAUUCAACAGAUAUCCUUGUUACGACAGUCAGGUUCUGGAAAAGGAUGUGGCAAAGUUAGUAGGAGUUUUGAUAGUGGUAUGGUGCGUACACUGUCUAUGAAUCCGAGCAGCAAACUGUCUUCAAUUAAAUGGAGGUUGAAUGUGAUGCAGAGAUUGUCCAGAGUACUCUCAGUUAUCAUUGAAGAAGAAGGCAGUCACAUUCUGUCAGUUAAUACCUGGCAUGGAGGGACUGGUCAUAGAGGAGAUGGCACCAAUCAUAAUACUAAUGGAGCGACAGUUAUCAAAUGGUCAGAAUAUGAGCAAGACCAGCAAGUCAUUUUACGCUUCAAUGAUAUGUAUCGAUUGAAGAAGAAUAGUAAUUCAAGUGACUUGCAGUUUUUGGGAGACAAAAACCGUGUACAAAGUUUUGUCAAGACAAUAAUUCCUCUUAUUUUGGAAUGUUGGGUUGAGUGCAGUCCUGAAGUGAAAAGAAUUAAUUCAGAAAUGCCUAUUUCUCCCGACCUUCUUCCUAUUCUUGCUAGUAUGGCUGAAUUGUUGAAGCUAAUUUGUCAAUAUGUAGACUUGAGUGUACAGGCAGGGAUUUUAGAAAUGAGAGGUUGGUUAUCACACAUGUAUGGAGCAGACCUUGUCCAUCGUCUGAUGCUUGCCUUUCCAUACAGCACGUACACAAUUGAUGAAUAUCAGAUAGAUGAACAGAUACAUAAGUCUCGGAAAAAAUCAAAAGGACCCAACAGGCAGGAAUGUCUGUUCCUGGAGAAACAGUUAAAUCUUGAUGUCUGUAAUAUUCUGAGUUAUUUAGCAAAAGACAACUGUGAGAAUCCAAUGCGUCAGAUAAAUAAAGCAAUAUCAAUAUUUGUCAAUUAUAUAGAAAAUUUGAUGAAUAGGUCCCAAAUGAAAAAAACCCUCCUUCGUUCUGUUGUACAAAUAGUUGAGCAACUCCUUUCUACAGAAGACCAUUAUGAUGUCCUUUCUUCAUUAAUGGAUAGCAUGUUAUACACUUAUAAUUCAGUUCAUCCAUUUUCUACUGAGAAAGUUAUUCUCACUGAAUUCUUCUUACGUCUUGUGGAAAAACAGAGGGAUUCCUCUUUACACGACGUAUGUGACCAUUUUCUUUCCACUUUACCUAAUUUGCUGGUUCAAAUGGUGACCAGUGGCUCCAAAUCCGGCCGUGUAAGUCAAGAAGUCCAGCCAAUUCUUUGGGCCAUCAAGCAAGCCAGUUGUCAAAAGAAAAGCAGUUUACAACUUCAUCUACAAGCAGAACUCAUUAACAUUUUCAAUUUAAUUCCUAUGGUUGAGCCCAACCUUCAGCAUGAUAUCCUUGAGAUGAUGUAUCGUCUUGAUCAUUUCACAGAUAAACAGUUGAACAAAGUUGUCCUCCUCAGCCGUAGUACAGAAGUGGCUGUGGAAAAAAUUGGUUUUGUUCUUGAAAUCCUGCAACAUAGAUUAACCCGAUCUGAAGCAACAUCUGAGGAAAUCAAUCAAUAUUUUAGUCUUCUGUUCUCCAUUGCUCUCGGUCAUAGUCAGAAAGAAUUGACCUCGUUGCCAGGUCAGUCAGACCCUAAUGUAAUUGCUACUUCUGGAACCAGACAAGGACCCAUUGUGGUCUUCUCAGCUGAACCAAAUACCAGUUCUCGACAUUGUGAUAUAGUUAAGAUUGUCACUUCACUGUUGACUCGUUGGCCAAACACAUCACAAGUGCAAAUAAUAAUGGACAGAUUCCUUAGUGAUUUACUUGAACGUUAUGCUCUGCUCACUGAGGAGACAGCUCUAGGUGUAGUAAGUAUUGCGCACACUGUCAAUAUUCAUGAACUGUACAUGUCACAGGUGAGUGGCUUCCUUGCCUGCCUUUGUCAGAGUAUGUUGCAUCAAUUGAAGUACAUGAAAAAUAUAACAGAAGGGAUAUGGAGCCGGACCAGUCUCAGGGAUGAACUGUGGCACAUAGCAGUCACAUUCCUAAAGCUCCCUACUCACUCUGUAUCUCAGCUCUUGACUGAAGGAAUACAUCUAUAA